UGAGUGUCACGCCAAGUUUUCGGAUUUCGAGAACAGCCGAAACCACAUCGGAUCGCGCAAGAUGCGAAUCUUGUGGAUUGCCAUAGUUGUGGCAGUGCUCUCCACACACUAUGCGGAAGCAUCUAGUGAGAAGAGCAAACGAGCGAUCGGAAGCAAGGGUUACGUUUAUGAACCACCCAAUGAGAUCUUCACGUAUCCUACAACGAGGCCGUCGCAGCCAACGUAUACUACCCCGAGAUAUACGUCAAGGCCUACACAAACUCCAUAUGUCGAUCAUUUUACAACAAGUGCGCCUGUCACCUAUACAUUACCGACGGGACGGCCGCCAGUGACGCAGCCGACGAGGACACCAGGGUAUGACUAUCAAACACCUAGUAAACCCUUCCCACCUGUAACGAUACCAACGCAGAGGACACCGAUUCAAACGGUACCAACUCAGAGGAUACCUACGAGGACACCAGGGUAUGACUACCAAACACCUAGUAAACCCUUCCCACCUGUAACGAUACCAACACAGAGGACACCGAUUCAAACUAGACCAACUCAGAGGAUACCUACUCAAACGAUACCGACGCAAAGGAUACCAACUCAAAGAAUACCGACUACGGGAUAUGAUUAUUCGCCGCCUGAUAAACAAUUUACAUUCCCACCUCAAAGGCCGCAAGAUACAACUAGGCCACCAGUGAAGAAACCACCGCCACGGCCUUAUCCACCACCGCAGCCUCCUCAGCCACCGUCUCCACCGAGACCGUAUCCUCCUUCACAGCCUCCUCAACCACCGUCUCCACCGAGACCGUAUCCGCCUUCGCAACCCCCUCAGCCACCGUCUCCACCGAGGCCGUAUCCUCCUUCGCAGCCUCCUCAGCCACCGUCUCCGCCGAGACCAUAUCCUCCAUCGCCACCUCCGCAGCCACCGUCUCCACCGAGACCGUACCCUCCUUCGCAGCCUCCUCGAAUCUUGUGGAUUGCCAUAGUUGUGGCAGUGCUCUCCACACACUAUGCGGAAGCAUCUAGUGAGAAGAGCAAACGAGCGAUCGGAAGCAAGGGUUACGUUUAUGAACCACCCAAUGAGAUCUUCACGUAUCCUACAACGAGGCCGUCGCAGCCAACGUAUACUACCCCGAGAUAUACGUCAAGGCCUACACAAACUCCAUAUGUCGAUCAUUUUACAACAAGUGCGCCUGUCACCUAUACAUUACCGACGGGACGGCCGCCAGUGACGCAGCCGACGAGGACACCAGGGUAUGACUAUCAAACACCUAGUAAACCCUUCCCACCUGUAACGAUACCAACGCAGAGGACACCGAUUCAAACGGUACCAACUCAGAGGAUACCUACGAGGACACCAGGGUAUGACUACCAAACACCUAGUAAACCCUUCCCACCUGUAACGAUACCAACACAGAGGACACCGAUUCAAACUAGACCAACUCAGAGGAUACCUACUCAAACGAUACCGACGCAAAGGAUACCAACUCAAAGAAUACCGACUACGGGAUAUGAUUAUUCGCCGCCUGAUAAACAAUUUACAUUCCCACCUCAAAGGCCGCAAGAUACAACUAGGCCACCAGUGAAGAAACCACCGCCACGGCCUUAUCCACCACCGCAGCCUCCUCAGCCACCGUCUCCACCGAGACCGUAUCCUCCUUCACAGCCUCCUCAACCACCGUCUCCACCGAGACCGUAUCCGCCUUCGCAACCCCCUCAGCCACCGUCUCCACCGAGGCCGUAUCCUCCUUCGCAGCCUCCUCAGCCACCGUCUCCGCCGAGACCAUAUCCUCCAUCGCCACCUCCGCAGCCACCGUCUCCACCGAGACCGUACCCUCCUUCGCAGCCUCCUCAGCCACCGUCUCCGCCGAGACCAUAUCCUCCAUCGCCACCUCCGCAGCCACCAUCUCCACCGAGGCCGUAUCCUCCCUCACAGCCACCUCAGCCACCAUCUCCACCGAGGCCGUACCCGCCUUCGCAACCUCCUCAGCCACCGUCUCCGCCGAGGCCAUAUCCCCCAUCGCCACCUCCGCAGCCACCGUCUCCACCGAGACCGUACCCUCCUUCGCAGCCUCCUCAGCCACCGUCUCCACCGAGGCCGUAUCCGCCUUCUCAGCCUCCUCAGCCGCCGUCUCCGCCGAGACCUUAUCCCCCAUCGCCACCUCCGCAGCCACCAUCUCCACCGAGACCGUAUCCUCCUUCGCAGCCUCCUCAGCCACCGUCUCCACCGCGACCUUAUCCUCCUCAAAAACCGCCAACACCAGGACCUCCUUACAUACCUCCUGAGCCUCCUCGUACUCCACCACCACCGCGGCCUUAUCCACCCCCACAGCCUCCACAAACUCCAGCUCCACCGCGACCAUAUCCACCUCAAACACCAGCUCCACCGAGGCCAUAUCCUCCACCACAGCCCCCGCAAACACCAGCUCCACCGAGGCCAUAUCCACCGCCUCAGCCUCCACAAACGCCAGCUCCACCGAGGCCAUAUCCACCCCCGCAGCCUCCACAGACGCCAGCUCCACCAAGGCCAUAUCCACCACCGCAGCCUCCACAAACGCCAGCUCCACCGAGGCCAUAUCCUCCACCACAGCCCCCGCAAACACCAGCUCCACCGAGGCCAUAUCCACCGCCUCAGCCCCCGCAAACGCCAGCUCCACCACGACCAUAUCCACCUCAAACACCACCAACACCAGGACCUCCUUACAUACCUCCUGAACCUCCUCGCACUCCACCACCACCACGACCGUAUCCACCCCCACAGCCUCCACAAACACCAGCUCCACCGAGGCCAUAUCCACCUCAAACGCCAGCUCCACCACGACCAUAUCCACCUCAAACACCAGCUCCACCGAGACCAUAUCCUCCACCACAGCCUCCACAAACGCCAGCUCCACCGAGGCCAUAUCCUCCACCACAGCCGCCACAAACUCCAGCUCCACCGAGGCCAUAUCCUCCCCCACAACCCCCACAAACACCAGCUCCACCGCGACCAUAUCCACCUCAAACUCCACCGCCACCACGACCUUAUCCACCGCAAACACCACCUCCACCGCGACCAUAUCCACCUCAAACACCACCUCCCCAACCAAGACCACCUCAACCUCCCUAUCCACCGCGGCCGCAACCACCGUCUCGACCUACCUCUCCGGACUACUUGCCGCCACCACGUCCAACAUCGCCUCCAGUAACACGGCCUCCAAUACGUCCAUCAACCCAGGGUGAUACAUAUCUACCACCUGAUAGAACUACUCGUCCUCCGGUCACGUACGAGAGACCAACUACUCGUCCUCCUGUAACAUACGAGAGGCCAACUACUCGUCCUCCAGUAACGUACGAGAGACCAACUACUCGUCCUCCUGUAACAUACGAGAGGCCAACCACUCGUCCUCCGGUCACAUACGAAAGACCAACCACACGACCAAUACCAACAGGAUCGUAUACAUCCCCCACGUAUCUCCCUCCAACUACCCCAACACGUCCACCUGUAACAUACGAAAGACCCACAACCCGUCCACCUGUAACAUACGAGAGGCCAACCACUCGUCCUCCUGUAACAUACGAGAGACCAACCACUCGUCCUCCUGUAACAUACGAGAGACCAACACCAUCACGGUUCUCCACAGCUCCUACAUACCUCCCCCCAACCACAUCGCGAACUCCUUUUCCCUCAACACAUGGAACCACGUCUCGCCCAACUCCAACCUACACGUUCAGCACACCCACUCCGUAUCAUACCCCGUCUACUCCACGAGUGACGUACGGAACACCUUCGACGUACAUUCCUCCAGUGACUCCAACUCGGUUUACAGAAAGACCGACUUAUACCCCAGUGACAACUCGGCCUACCCGGCCAACUACAGGCGUAGGUCCCAUCACUGAUUAUAUCCCUACGGGUACCGGGCCAACUACGCGGCCACCACCGUACCUUCCACCCUCUCCCCCUACGACCCCGCGCGUAACGGUGACCCCACCGCCACCACCGACGCCACAGUACACCCUCGUGCCCACGUCGACUAUCUACACGCCACCGCCAACCGGGUCACCAGCACCGCCUCCUACAUUGCCUCCGACUACUAAGAGGCCCAUCGGUUACUUCUAUGACGCACCUGAGAAUCCACUUGAACUACCACCUUUCUUCCGAUGAGGGGGCAAUCAGGUCGAACUGUCCAUGAAUUACUAUUUCUCAAUUUUUGUACGUUUUUUAAUAGAAAACUAUUUAUCACCCUGAAACGAAUAAUCGAAAAUGAGGAAACGAGGACCGCAGUGUGUCUUCUCAAUUACUGUUGUUAAAAUCAUUUUUAAACAAACGGUAACUCGUAAUUGUGAAUGUAGAAAUAGAAGAGCCAUUACUAUACAAUUCUCUUCACUGCCUUAAUCUGUAACAAAGCCGAUGAUGUUCCGCUGCAUUCGUGAUAAAAGCAAUUAUUAAAAUACAUAAAAUACAUAAGAACGUAGUUUUAAGAUGUAAAGUUCUACUUUUUAUAUAUGUAACACAUAUAUGCAAUAGAAAUAAAAUUUGUAAAAAAUA